AUGCAAUCCCGGGCUCCGGCCUGGCGUCCCUUUUUCAUCUGGAUCCGGAAUGCGCCCAAGACGCUCAAAUAUGCCGAGAGAGAUCAGCGGCCAGAAUCAGGACUUGGCUCCCGCGUUCCACUUGGCGUCGGCGCCAGAGCGCAAGGAUGCUUAUCUCUCCUCCCCGCUACGGAUGAUACGCAGCGGACUUGUCCCAUGUGCCAGACAGAAGACCAUAGUCAAUUACUCUGCCUCUUCAAGCGCCUUCAUGCAUAUCCAGAGAUAAUAUGGUCCAUGUAA